UUGCUGGGGAAGCGCAGGGUUUGUAGAUGGCAGGAGGUGGUAUCGGACGAGGGGCGCCCGCUGGGCCGGCUGGACCCCGGAGCUCCGGCCGACCUCAGGUACAACGGCGGCGUCAACAGGAGCUGCGGGGAAAGCAGAGCUCGACCUCACGGCCAGGGCAGCGCAGCAAAGACAAGAAGAAAGUGAAUUGCAAGCCCAAGAACCAGGACGAACAGGAAAUCCCUUUCCGGCUCCGGGAAAUUAUGAGGAGCCGCCAGGAGAUGAAAAACCCUAUCAGUAACAAGAAGAGGAAGAAAGAGGCCCAGGUGGCCUUCAGAAGCACACUGGAGAAGGAAGCUAAGGGAGUAGAGCCAGAUAUUGCCAUCCCUAAGUUCAAGCAGAGGAAGUGGGAGUCUGACAGGGCCUACGUCCAGCGAAUGGAGCAAGAAGCCCAGCACGUGCUGUUCCUCAGCAAGAACCAGGCCAGCCGGCAGCCAGAGGCACAGGUAGCUCCCAAGAAGGAGAAGUCUGAACAGAAGAAAGCGUUCCAGAAGCGGCGACUGGCUAAGAUCCGGCAGAGAAAAGAGGAAAAGGCAGCAGAAAGGCUGGAGCAGGAGCUCCUCCAAGACACGGUGAAGUUUGGUGAAGUUGCCCUACAGCCUCCAGAGCUGACUGCCAAGCCCAGGAGGAGCAUAGACAGGGACCAGCCUGGCAAGAGAUUGCUGAUGCUGAGGAUGCUCGUGAGCCCUGGUGGUGCACCCCAGCCUCCAACAACCUCCCUGGCCCGACAACGGAUUGUGGAGGUGGAGAGAGAGCGGGCCAUGCAGGCCUACCGAGCACUGAAGAAGCAGAAGCUGCAGCAGCAAGGGGUGCAGCCACCAAGGCCUCCCCAUCCCCCCUCUGGGAGGAAGCCAGAGACACAGCUUUGAGGGAGAGACCUGGGAGCUGGGCCCACACUCUGGGGAAUGGUGCUGGGGUUGUCUCACCUGGGUGGGGUGGGGCAGGGCGGGCACAUCCUUUUCCUUGGACGUGUCCUUUUCUUUCUUUUUUUUUCGUGUUUUUUGGCCGGGGCUAGGUUUGAACCCGCCACCUCCGGCAUAUGGGACCGGCGCCUUACUCCUUGAGCCACAGGUGCCGCCCUCUUUUUUUUUUUUUUUUAGAGACAGUGUCUUACUUUGUCGCCCUUGGCAGAGUUGCGUGGCGUCACAGCUCACAGCAACCUCCGGCUCUUGGGCUUAGACGAUUCUCUUGCCUGAGCCUCCUGAGUAGCUGGGGCUACAGGCACCCACCACAAUGCCCGGCUAUUUUUUUUUUUUUUUAUUUUUGUUGCAGUUUAGCCAGGGCCAGGUUUGAACCCACCACCCUCAGUCUAUGGGGCCGUGCCCUACUCGCUGAGCCAUAGACGCCGCCCUUUGGACGUGUUCUUAAUGCCAGAGUUGUUCUACGGUCUUGGUCUCCCUUGUGUUUUCCCAUCAGGGCUGCUCUUUCUGAGUGACCAUCACUGGCCUGUGUUCCACAUGGGGAGAGUGGUGCCCUUGGACUGGGGCCGGGGUCUAGCUGUGAUACAGCCAGUGGGUCAGUUUCUGGUUGUUCCCUGAGCCUGGCUUCACUCACACCUUUUUUUUUUGUUUUUUAAGAUAAAAGUCUCAACCUGUUGCCCUGGGUAGAGUGCUGUGGUGUCACAACUCACGGCAACUUCCAACUCUUGGGCUCAAGUGAUUCUCUUGACUGUUUUUUUCUAUUUUAGUAGAGAUAGGGUCUCACUUUUGCUGAGUCUGGUCUUGAACUUGUGAGCUCAAGCAAUCCAUCCGCCUCGGCCUCCCAGAGUGCUGGGAUUAUAAGGCGUGAGCUACCGUGCCCGGCUGAUUGCUUUGUUUCUUCAUGAAAGAAAAAUCUGGGCUGAGAAAGAACCCAGUACCAGUUCUGGGAGGCCCAAUCCCAUAAUCCUGUCACUACACAAGUAACGAUCUAGACUGCUGAUUCAGGUCCCAUCCCCCAUGUGGGCCUGUACAAGGGACUGUGGCAACAAGCCAGUUGUUCACCCCACCCAGGGUUUGGUUGGAUGGAGACAGGUGGCAGUGUUUAUACUUAGGGUAGGAGAAGGUUGUCCCCACAGAGCAGCCCUCAGUAAGCCUGAGAUGGCACGGGUAGGAGCCUGGGCUGGGACUUCUGUGGGGCCCUUGCCAGGUUUGCUUGGGGCAGCCAGAGGAGGGCAGAAGGAGGGGCAAGGCUCCAAAGGAAAUCCAAGCAGUGGGCUCCAUUUGCCCUGGGCCCUGCACAUGCCACCUGCCUACUGAGCACUCUACCUGCUGGGUAGUCCUGGAGGGUCCCAGGCUAUGUGGCCCUGGAGGAUGCAUGAAGUGGUGGAAUUGUGCGUGAUCUUUGUAGGUCCUUACCCCAACUUUGCAUUUUCUAGAGUGAAGUUUAUUUUAAUAUUAAAACAUUUGGGUUGGGGAAGUUA